AUGGCCGACGUAAACGAGUACGACUACCCCGUCGAAGUCGAGGCGUACUCUGAGGAAGGCGAGGCUGAGGCUUCGGAGUCCUUCGAAAAGGAACUGGGCGCCGAGGACUACGAGGGUGAGUUUGGCGAGGAUUUCCAGGCCGAGGAAGCGAGUGAGGAGGGCGACGGCGAGUUGGCCGAUGAGGAGUUCAAAGCGGACGAGGUGACUGAGCUCGGCGACGAGGAGGCGGAUGAGGAGGGCGAAUGCGACGCCUACUGCACCUGCGGAGACGAGAAAGAGCACGAGUCCGAUGAGGUCGAGGAGGGCGAAGUCGAAUCACCCGAAGCAGACGCUGUGGAGGAAGCGGGCGAGGAGACCCCUGCCGCUGCUGCCGAGAUGGAGGAUGAGGGCGUGGACGUUAACGCUGAGGGCGUUGACGUUGGUGCGAUGGAGCUGGUGGACGGCAUGGACGACAGCCGCGAAACCAGCAGCGUCGUGAGCAGCGAAGGCCACGUGGAAAUCCCCGGCAGCCUCACCGGCGAGGGCAAGUCGGGCAAGCGUGCCCUCGGCAAGAAGCUGCAGUGGGAGGCGAAGGCCUCCGUGCCCGCGUACGUCAUGAAGACCGCCAGCAAGUUCAAGGUCGACGAAAUCAGCAAGAUGAGCAUCACCGUGAAGGGCCAGGGUCUGAAGAACGCCGCUUCCAAGAUCGAGGCGCUGUCGAGUGCUGUCCGCGAGACGAAGCAGAAGCUGAAGGAGGCCGUGAACACGAACAAAAUAAACUCGCAGAUACAGCGCUCCGAGGUUGUCGCCGCCGAGAAGGCCCGUGUGAACGCGGCCAAGAAGGCCCGCGAGGCCGAGGCCGAGCGCGUCCGUCUGGAGGCCAUCGAGCGCAGGAAGAUAGAGACCCUGGAGAAGCAGCGCAAGCAGGUCGAGUUCGAGGCCAAGAAGGAGGCGCUGGCCAAGGCGCGCCGCGAGGCCCUGGAAAAGAGCCGCGUUUAA